GCGAUGACAGGUACGUCGUGACGUCACCAGCCCCUUCCAUGAAUGAAAACAUGGCGGCUGCCAUGGAGCUGAGAUGCUGGGGAGGAGACUGGGGUUUGCCCUCCGUCCACACCGAGUCUCUGAUAGUUCUGGCAUAUACCAAGUUUUCUGGGGCAAAGGUCACAGUUUCUCCUAUAGACUGGACAUGGAAAACUCUAACAGCGACAGUCCCAGAGUUACUUUGUGGAGACUUUGCAGUACAAGAACCAACACAGAUUCUCAACUUCCUCAGAAAACAGAGGUUUAAUGCAGACUUUGAGCUGACAGCCAGACAAGGAGCAGACACCAUGGCUUACAUUGCUCUGAUUGAAGAGAAACUGCGUCCAGCUGUGUUGCACACAUUCUGGGUAGAUGCGGAAAACUAUGCCAAUCUGACACGGCCAUGGUUUGCUUCACGCUCGCCAUUCCCUCUUAACUUCAUCGUCCCGAGUCGGUGUGCCAGCACUGCGCUCUCUCGCAUCCUGUUGACUAAAGGAGAAGCACCGCUGCACAGAAUCACUGAGGUGGAGGGAAAGAUCUACAGUGACGCUAAAGAGUGCCUGAAUCUCCUUUCCUACAGGCUGGGCACUGACAACUACUUCUUUGGCAACUCGCCAACCAGCCUGGAUGCCUUUGUGUUUGGUUUUGUGGCUCCACUUUACAAAGCCGGUCUGCCCAGCAGCCCUCUGCAGAGCCACCUCAGACAGCUGGAGAACAUCACACGCUUCUGUGACAACAUCCUCGCCGUCUACUUCAGCUCAGACCACCCUAGUCCUCCUGCACCUGUCCAGGAAACAAUGGAUGCCAACCUCCAGAAACUAACUCAGCUUGUAAAUAAAGAGUCCAACUUGAUAGAGAAGGUGCUUCUGCUUUCCUUUUAUCCUCUUUGCAUGAGUUCAUGGGUGCAUGUGGCAGAUGGAUGACAAUCUCCGCAGCAGCCCACAGCACAAACCCCACAGACUGGAGCCCAAACCCAGUAUGGCCAGUGAGAAGAACUCGACCCCUGCCUAAAUCCCGACCUUUCAUCCUCCAUGAAAGGAAGAGGGACAGCCUUUAGAUUAAAGGUGCAGCUCUAUAUCUGACUAUACCUCUCGUAAUUAAAAAGCCGACCUUUACCUUGAAUUGCAAGAUCCAUUAAUUAAUGGGUGUGUGCUCCAAAAGAAGACUCAUUUUACAACAGGAUGAUGAUGAUGAUAUAUUUUAAAGCUGCUGGUCUAAAAGAGAAGGGAAAGUGCAUGUGAGAGGUUUUUGAGAAGGUUCAGUGCAUGUAUGUGGUUAAGGGUGGAAUGCUAUGAAGAGGUGCCUGAUGAGAAAGACACAGAAAGUUUAUGGGACAGCUUAAAGUGAUCAGCAGAAAAAAGGAGGAACCUAAGGAUUUGGCCUCUUGUUGUUCCUCUAAUUUUAAUUUCCAUUAUGUUGAAAUGUCCUCACCCACUUCAUGGGGGAAUUGAAAUUACUGAUUUCUUUUCACUAUUGUCCCAACAUUAGAAGUCAGGCUAUUGUACCUUAUUAAGUUAUUUAAAGCUCCAGUUUAUAAAUCUGUGCUUCAUCAUUCCUAGAUUCUUUAGCAGCCCUCUGAGCACGCAUCUUUCUGCAGAACACUGUAAAAAUGUUCCGUAGAUUCUAACAGCAUUUGUAAUGUACAGUGUGUAUAAUGGUAGUCAGAGCUAUUGAGAUUACCAUGCACUCACUUUGCUUUGCUCCCUCUUCCUCUGCUUUGUAUAGCUUGUAAAGUUGUAAAUAGUGUCAUUAUUUAAAAUUCCUCUAAUAGGGCUGAUCAGAUACAUUGAGGUAAUGGGAGGGCCUUAAAGAUUUUUUGUACUUCUUAUCAUGCAGAAUAUAAGGGACUAUUGUGUUUGUGUGGAAGAUUUCCCAAGGACUACUAUAACCAGUGUGUCUCUCAUCAGAGAAAUGUUGCAACCUUAACAAGCCACUCGUUUCUGUUGUUGCCAUGUUGUUUUUUCUCUGUGGUUUUUGUACAUUUGUUAUUACUUUGUUGUUUUUACUGCUGUUUUAUAAUUUGCUGUGCCUAUUUAACGUCACCUUGUUAAAACUCAAGUGUCUGUCCCACUUGGGGAUGUCUCAUUAGUUGCCUUUUUUGCUUUGUUUGUACCAUCUGAAUUUCUAUGACUGAAAUUGGACUUUUAAAUGGGUUACUAGUGUUUGUUUGUUUCCUCACUCUCAUAUUUCAUGAUGUCCUCACAGCUCAUGCAUUUACUCAUCUGUGUCCCCUCCAUAUGAUUGAUUUCUCUGUUUCUCAGUACUUGUGAAGACACUUGGCUAUCGCAAUUUCCAAAAUUCAUGGUUACAUUCCCUUUAAAGCACCAUAUCCUGAAACAAAAGCAUUCAUUUGGGUGUGAGUGUGUGAGUGUGUGUGCUUCCAAUCCCAAAAAGUUGUUUUUGAGGACCAUUUGGGUGCAGUGUGCCUUCAUGACUGCAUGUGUUUUUGUACAAUAGUCAAAAUGCAACCUGUAUAAUUUUGAUACACUGUCAUAAUUUGUCACGUCUGUUCAUCCUCUGGGGAUAGUCGAUAACAACUUAUUGAAAUAAAACACCGUCCAAACACUGAA